UACAAAUUGGGAAAACGAUGAGAGGGAGAGGAGCCGGAGUGUUCGGACCGGCCAACAUCGACUCAUAAUGUCAUUGAGAACAAAACUCAAACACCUUGCACUUACUCAAAGCGCCACCACCCGCUACCUGUCCCACCUCUCACACCACCACAACCACCAUCCUCCGACGCCGCUUCCGCCACCACCUCAAUUACAAGACCCAUACAACCAACUCAAAGAAGAUCCAUUUGGAAUUCUUUCAGACCUCUGGGUCAAGACCUUCACCCAACCUUACAAGCCCUUCAACAACCUCUCUGGCUUUCUAUCCAAAUUCGAUCUCUGGGUCCUUGCCUAUCAGCGCACCUGUGCCAAUGUCACCGGAUCUUUCCCUCAUAAGAACUCCAUCUAUAUCAAUACACUUUCCGACCUUCUAUCCCUAAAAAACGCAGUCGUUCAUAACCACUUUCAAUGGAAUUCCAAAACUCAGCAGAUCAUUCGCAGCCCUAAUGAUAAGCCAAUUAAUUUGCUCUCCAAACGCAAGCUCAACUCCGUUUUGGCAUCGAAGACUCCUCCUUUUCAGGACCUGGUGGUUCAGGAAGUUUUGUUGAUGAUUCUGGAGCCAGUUUUUGAGCCGCAGUUUUCUUCAAAAUCUCACGCCUUCCGUCCAGGUAGGAAUCCUCAUUCCGUCAUUAGAACCAUCAGGAGUAACUUUGCUGGGUACUUGUGGUUUAUAAAAGGUGAUAUAAGUGAGAUUCUUGAUCAUGUUGACGUUAAUGUGGUAAUUGGUUGUGUGGAAAAAGCUGUGAAAGACAAAAAGGUUUUGAAUUUGAUUAAAUCAGGGUUGAAAGGUCCACCACGAAAUUUUACAUACUGGGAAGAUAAUGGCGGGAAAGUAAGUAAAAGGAAAAGAAAGAAGGGUCAGACGAGGAAGAGGUUAUUGAAUGAGAAUGAGCCGAAGCCAGACCCAUAUUGGUUGAGGACAUUCUUUGAUUUUGCCCCAGAGGAGGCUGCAAAGAUUCCUAAUUACGGUUACUGUGGAAUUCUUAGUCCUUUACUGGUUAAUGUUUGUCUUAAUGAGCUUGAUCAAAUGAUGGAAGAUCGGACAAUCAAAUUCUUUAAGCCUUGUGAAUUAGAUUCUAUAUGGAAGUAUUCGAUGAAGGAUAGUUGCCAUAACCCUUCUUGGCCGGAGUUUGUACCUGCAAGUGGGAAGGAGAAGACUAGAAAAAUGGAUUAUAUCAGGUUUGGAGGUCAUUUCCUGAUUGGUAUUAGGGGACCGAGGGAGGAUGCGGUGGGAAUUAGAAAAGAAAUAAUUGAGUUCUGUGAGAGUAAAUUCGGGAUUAGGUUGGACAAUUCUAAGGUCGAAAUUGAGCAUAUCACUAGGGGGAUUCAGUUUUUGGAUCAUAUAAUUUGUCGGCGGGUUAUACACCCCACUCUUCGGUACACCUCAAGUGAAGGUAAGAUUGUGAGUGAAAAAGGCGUUGGGACUUUGCUUUCAGUCACUGCUAGCUUGCAACAGUGUAUUCGCCAGUUUAGGCGGCUUGCAUUUGUGAAGGGUGAUAGGGAUCCAGAGCCACUGCCCUGCACUCCCAUGCUGUAUUCGGGUCAAGCUCAUACUAAUGCUCAGAUGAAUAAGUUCCUUGAGAGCAUGGCUGAUUGGUAUAGAUAUGCAGAUAACAGGAAGAAAAUUGUUGGGUUUUGUGCUUAUGUGAUCCGCAGCUCUCUCGCUAAAUUGUAUGCGGCAAGGUAUAGACUGAAAUCACGUGCCAAGGUGUACAAGAUUGCUUCACGUGAUCUUAGCCGUCCAUUGAGGGAAAGUAGCAAUAAUUCUGCCCCAGAGUAUUCUGAUCUUUUGAGGAUGGGACUUGUUGACAACAUUGAAGGCGUUCAGUUUUCUCACAUGUCUUUGAUUCCAUCAUGUGAUUAUACUCCAUUUCCGAGAAGCUGGGUCCCCGAUCACGAGAGAGUGUUGCGUGAGUAUAUCCGAUUACAAGACCCUAAAUUCUUCUGUCAACUGAAUAAGUUAGUUAAACAACAAGGUCUUUGUUUUCCCCAAGAUGAGAUAUCCAAGAUUGUGUGGGACUACAAAACUCUAGGAGUCUUCAGCAACCGGUUUAAUGGUGAUAAAGAGUCAGAAAAUGCUUCUCAUACAGUGAUGCAAGCACCGUUGCUAAAAUAUGAUGUUUGAAAAUCAUUACAUUUCAAAUAAGAAAACUCACCUAUAGUAUGCUGUUGUACAAGGUGUUCUUGAACAGAGGGAGUGUCAAUCAUUUCCAAAAAAAAGUGUUUUGAAUGAGGGUUGCUAAGCUAAAAGGGCAGUAUGCAGAAUGAAGGUCCCUUGAAGAAGCUAGACAUUGCACCUGUCUAGGAAUCGAAUAAUCAUGAAGUUGCUGAAUUAAGUUUGCUGUAUCUGAUGAAAGACUUGUGACUGCACAAUUAGGUAGUGGCACUAGUGAAGUUGGUAUAUUCUGUUGAUUCAGUGUGAUGAAGAUAUUUGAUCAAAGCAGCUGGGGUAAAUGAUGUCAUAUUAUUUGAACUGAGAACAUGCCCCCAUAUUAAGUGCAGAGGUAGUGUCAUUACUAUUGCUAAAUGCUGGAUGCCAGAUUCUGGACUUUUCUCCUUUCAAAAUUCUGCUUAGGCUCCUAUAUUCUCUUAUUUUGAACCUUAAGUUCAACCAAAUUCAUUCAAAUGCAUACCCUAACUGGCAUUGACUGUGAUUACCACCAUGUGAAUCUGAAUUAUGGUCGAAUUAUGGACGACCUGACAGAGGUGAAGUUAAAGUUCUUGUCUCUUCGUGCAGAGUGUAUUAAAAAAGAAGAAGCAAGAUUACCAUAAACAACAAAUCGAAGAAAUAAGAAGAGUAGGAUAAAAACACGGGAUUUCUUACUACUGGGUACAAACCUUUUCAUCUUUUCAGUUCACCUUAUAUUCUUGUAUGCACUAUGAGUUUGUAAGUCGAAUAAUACAACGUAGAUUGAUGCAAUUCAUUCCACAACAAACUAAGCUUGUUUCCCAAUAAAUUUUGGUUGGCUAUUCAUAUUGGUUCUUUGGGCAUUUCUUCUUCUGCCUUCAUUUAAAAAAUAAUAAUAAUAAUAAAAAUAAAUAAAUAAAUUUGUUUUCUCAUCAUUGGUCUUUUGCUUGUUAGCACAGUGCUAAUAUUUGAAUUUGAUAGGUGAUUGUUAUUUUGAUCAGUGUUCUAAAUAUGCUUUAAUUUCCAGAAAUUAACUAGAUUGUAAUUUUCAAUUUGCGCCACUUGAGUAUUGUGAAUGUUUUAUCAAGGUCUCAUUUUCAAACAUUGUGAUAAAAAAAUCUUAGAGAAUGGCUAGGAGUGAAAUGAUGCCAUAGUUUAACUUCUGAUGUGUUUAACUUCUGACGUGGUAUUUUCUUAUUCAAAAUAAGGGGGCAUCAAACCAAUAAAUGGUCGCAUUCUUAUCUUGGGUUGUUCUCAAGUUCUAAUCAUAUCACUUGCUACUGCAAUUAAUUUGCAACUCAUUGUUUAUUUGCCCUGUUGUUCAAGGAUGUCCAGCCUUGCCUUUCAGGGACAAUAUGCAUGUUUGGUAUACAACAAUGGACAAUGCUGCACAGAUGGAGAAGAUAUAUUUGUUCUGUCUUGUUGGCAAAAUGUAUGCUACUCUUUGCAGAAUUCAAAAAGGGGUGGAAUUUCUUGUUGAACAAGAAUCAAAAUAUGUGUGGGAUACGUUGCUGCUUUUAUUUGUGUAUUCUUAAGUUCUAGGUGACCUAUCUUCUUGUGCUUUAGCAUGUUUGGCUUUGCUUCUUUCUGCAAAAGAACUUGCUUUUUUUGCUGCUUAUUUGUCAAAAUCGGCUGAAAAUAUGAGAUUUUAUGGAAAAGGGCAGGUUAUGGGAUGUGGCUAGAGCCUAGGUAUGCUUUUCUUUUUCCUCUUUAUCAUUCAUUUUAUAAAAUAGUGUAUUUUGGAUUUCCACAAUAACAAAUCUCAGAUAUUCUUUUC